UUGGAACCCCGAGUCCCGGGCGCCCAGUCAUCACGACACGGGCUGCCUGAACGGCUGGGUCGGCCCGGGGAGCUCCUUAACCCGACGCAGGCCGGUAGUGUCGUCUUCAACUGUUUUCGUUCUGGCAUUUCUAAAAAAAAUUUGUUACGCUUCGCCUUUCCUGCUUAACUUUCGAAAACGAAAUCCUCGGCUUCUCUACGGCGUGUUGGUGGGAGUGUCAGUUUAUGUAUAAAGGAUAGAACUGAAGUUUCGUCGCUGGAUUAUCCUCUUCAACACGUGAAGCUAUGGCCCUGCGCUGCGCUCUCGACUUUGGUGCACUUGAUGAUUACUCGAAAAUUCUCGCUCACAAUGAUGAUCAGCACUGCCCCUCCAGUAAUUGCUCGGACUCCUCUGUGGAUAAUCACUUGGCUCGGUGUUGACAUUGCGUCGCACUUGUUCGGUGCCGGCUAAUGAGGGUGUGAAGAGUGUUCGCCGAGGACGACCGGGGCAAGAAAAACACUUUCAUCGAGAAGAGGAGAGUUACCCGCAGUGAGCUAUUGUAAUGUUGCUCGUUGGUUUAGCGACGGCUCAAUUGGUGCGCGUAAAACGGACAGCGCCUUUUUUGUUUAUCUAAGCCAUCUAUUCCGAACUGAGGACUUGCGACUACGACAAGAUUCGAGCUGGAGGCAUUUUACUACAGCGCCCCGACAUCUCUUCCGCGCAGCAGUAUCAAAUCGCAGCGGUAGGAGACGUCGGCCACACGACCACAAUGAAGGAGCUUACGACGACCACGACGAGACAGGUCCGGUCACCUUCCGAGGCCAGAGGAGCAUGAUCCCACCGCAGCCGGCGUCUUCCCUGGCGCAUACGGACGCUUCCACCAACAUGGCUUCCGCCGACGAAGACGACACGGGUCCGCUCGUCGACGACCCCCUGGCGACGCUAAACGCGUCAGUGGCCGCCGAGAUGCUCCUCCUGGCGCUGGGCCCCAAGCGCGACCCACUGACCACGGUCAUCCCAAUGACGCUCAUCUACUCCGUCCUGCUCGUCUCCGGAGUGGUCGGCAACGUCUGCACGUGCAUCGUCAUCGCGCGCAACCGGUACAUGCACACGGCGACCAACUACUACCUCUUCAGCUUGGCCGUCUCAGACCUCCUCCUCCUGGUGCUCGGGCUACCGCAAGAACUGUACCAACUCUGGCAGCGGCACCCGUACGUGUUCGGAGAGGCCUUCUGCGUGCUCCGAGGCCUGACCUCGGAGACCUCGACCAACGCGUCCAUAUUGACCAUCACGGCGUUCACCAUCGAACGCUACGUGGCCAUCUGCCACCCGCUCCGGGCCCACACCAUGUCCAAGCUGUCCCGGGCCGUCAAGUUCGUCGUGGCCAUCUGGGUCCUGAGCGCCGUGUGCGCCGUCCCGCUCGCGGUCCAGUUCGGCAUCGUCCACCAGACGCUGGACGGCACCACGGUGCUGCCGGAGACGGCGGCGUGCACAGUCAAGGACCCGCUGGAGCACGCCUUCGAGCUGUCCACGUUCGUGUUCUUUCUGCUGCCCAUGAGCGUCAUCCUGGUGCUGUACGUCUGCAUAGCGCUGCAGCUGAAGCGCUCCGACGCCCUCUCGCGCCAGGACGUGCACCACAAGUGCCCGACCUCAAACAACACCAGCAGCAGCGUCGUCAACGGGAAGGGCGGCGCCGACUCGUCCUCGGAACACAAGCAGAGCUCGGCCGUGGUGCAGCCGCUGCCCAGCAAGUUCCAGAGGGGCUGCCAGCUGAGGAAGUCGGUGCGGGGAGGAGCAGCCGCCUCGUCGUCCCGCAAGGCGGUCAUCAACAUGCUGAUCGCCGUGGUGGUGGCGUUCUUCAUCUGCUGGGCCCCGUUCCACGCUCAGCGCCUGAUGGCCGUCUACGCCAAGGUGCCGACGCCCGCGCUCGAGAUCGCCUUCAACCUGCUCACGUACGUCUCGGGCGUCACGUACUACGUGAGCGCCACCAUCAACCCCAUCCUGUACAGCAUCAUGUCGCUCAAGUUCCGCCAGGCCUUCCGGGACACGCUCAUGCGCUGCUGCGGCCGCCACCGCGCCACGCGCCACGAAUGGAACUCUGCGGAGUGCUACGUCUCGAACCACCAGCUUCACACGACACCUUCGACUGUGUGAAGGUCGACCUUCGCUGCCAAGGACGGCAUCCUCCUAUUUUUUUUUUUUUUCAAGACUGUGCACUGUGCCUGUGGGAAUGACCUACGCGAACGUCAUGAAAAAAAAAACUUCUUGGACGUCUGGCCACUUAGAAGUGACAAUGGUGAACGUGUUCCAGCUCUGAACAGACUCUCUGAACCAAGCAACUGAAACGAGCUCACUUUGGCUUGACCAUUGCAAGAAAGGUAUUAGACCUACGAGGCUUAGCGAGAGCUACUCUGACGACGAACGCAGUGUGUGCAAAGCUGGAUAAAUUAGGCGAAACUAGACCUAAACUCCAGCAAAAUCAUGUCUUGAUUCAAAGAACUGAGCAGUGUUACAAGAAAGGCUGUCCUAAUGGUCAGUGAAAUUUGUUCAAGGCAUGGCACUGUUCGUUCGUUGGCUUUUUAAAACAGGGUACAUUCUAUGCGGUAAUCCUAAGCUGGAGUGAACAACAUCGUGAGAGUAAAUUCGAGCCGAGCAUCUCAGUGACUUAGUCAUGCAACUUGUAGCGCUGUGGAGCCGAGGGGAAAGCCUAAUGAACAUGGUGAAAAUCUUCGGAGAGGUCCACUGCACAAAGAUGACACUUUGUUCCCAGCCUUGAAAAAUCUUUAUUCGUAUACUUGUCAUGGCAAUUUGUCCUAACAACGUGCUCUUCGCUUAGCCUGAAUCAGGAAAAAAUUAUUACCGGCAAAGCUGAAAACUGAGCGUUGAAAAUUGGUUUUCCGUUAACUUAUUCAUUUGUGUUAGCCCUUACUCUUGAAGUACUUAAUGCUCAAUCAAACAUUAAGUAAUUAACUUAUCGCUGAAUAGAGUUAUUCCACUCGGUUCACGAAAGGCAUGCUCCUGCGUACUUGUACUGGCUACGAUAAAAUCUCUUUAUUCUCUCACUUUCCGUACAUCAGCCAUGCGAUAUGACCACAGUUUCCGUGCAUGAGCAAAGCGCUUUCGCAGCCUUCCUGUGUGGCACAUGAGUGCUUUUCGACAUGACGGGCAGCGUACAACAAGACCUAACCUAACGCUCACGCUAGUUGACGCUCUGAUCAUCAAAUCGUAAGAAAACCUGAAUACAAGAACAGAGCUCCAUGGGAAGUUCCUGAGCAAAACUUUACCUCUUGUUUUCGUUACAUCAUUGCAGCUCUCUUCAUACAAACCCAUGUGCGAUGACGCUAAAAUAAUGAAGAAACAUUGCGACAGUUAACUGAUCCUUAUAGUACUUUAAAGAAUCUGAGUUGGCUAGGCAGAAGCUUCCUUUUUACUUCUCAAAGAAAGGUCAUGUUCUCUUGCAGAUGAUAAUAUGAGAUGGUUCAUUUAACGGCAUAACGUGCGCCAGAAGUUCAUUAAAAUAAUGGCACUAUGGUGACAUGUCAUUCAAGCCGAACCAGCAGCAGCUUCUGAGGUUGCGCGCGCUGUCGCUAUCAGUGCCAUAAUAUUUCGGGGAAUGCACACUCGAAGGCAAGCAAACGAACCUAACAUCAAGGUUACGCCAUGUCAUAAAUACCUCUUGGGCGAUAAUCUGUCGUUUUCAGAGCAGCAUCAAUAAACGGAGUUGGAAUGAAAAAUUCACUGAGCUGGUAUAAGGCAGGCCCUAUUGUGUGGCACAUGUGUUGGUUGGAACUUUUUUUUAUCUAGUGACGUGGCCGAGACGCUAGUGUUGUUGGUGGCUCAGUUGAAUCAUGAUCCGCGCACGACUUCAUAGCACUCAAUAAUGGUACCUGAACAUCCGCAUGAUGACCUUCCAUGUAGGGUGACGCAGGCCUUAACCGCGGCCUCUUUUCUGGUCCUAUCACUAUUAAGCCGGAGCAAGGACCACCCUAAACGUAUGUGUCAUGGGGAUGUCACGCUCAAACUAACUGCACACAUCUAAGAACGAAAAACCUUCCAAUGUAAUUCAAUACGGCUGUUUUGGUGACACACCGUGAGCACGGGGCAUUAUCGAAACAGCAGCUUGGGCAAAUGGUAGGCAGCAGGCUUACUUUUUAAAAGGAAUCUUUCAACACUGCUCGUCGGACAGUGAUUCUUUUACUACUAUUUCAUUUCUUAAUUCAAAGAGCUGUCUCUUGACUUCCUCUUUUGGCAUUGUAAAAGCUUUUCACAAAACGUAAACAUACACAGUUUAGUGUUCAGAACGCCCUCUCUAAUGGGCAUUAGCGGUGACGGUGCUCCUCUAAGUGUUCUCAUCAAUUUGUUCGUCAACGUAGUUUGUUUAUUUGCACGUUGAAAAAGGAACUGCGAGAGGUGAUAUUUGUGAGAGGUGAUAUUUGUAUUGUCUGUGGGAUGACCCACAUGUGCGGUUUUUAAGAUUAAUACAUGGAAAUGGGGAAAUGGUAUUACAGAAAGGCCAAGAGAAGGCAUUGAACAAUAUGUUUUUGAGGACACUCAAACAAUAUUACGAGAGACAACUAAGAAUGACGCGAUUAACUUUUAAUAGACCUAUGGUACUCACAUUUAAUAGACCUAUGGUGUUCGGUCAUCAGACCUAUGACGACCAGGUCCUAUAAUUGUAUCAUGCACCAUUCUUUUAAAUCUUUUUUUUUUCGUUGAAGAACUUGGCUAACGUUAGCUGGGACACCCUAUACACGGGAUGCAAGGGUGCGAGGAAUUAGGAUAACAUCGAGAAGGUACUUGAUACCCUUUUUGUGAAGAUUAAGUGUCCUACAAAAUACCGAGGAAUAUAUAUAGUAAUGGACACACAGUUCUCGUACAGCAAAAUGACAAUGUUUUGCAAGUACGCACGUUCCAUGUCGGAAAGAAUAUGCUAUGUCUGCCUGAAUUUCAUAAAACAUGUCGACUAAGUCCCAGUUAGAACAGUCUUAAAAUAUCAUCCACCAAUUUGCCUUCAUAGUUCUGUAGCACCAUUCAAAGAGAAAUUCGGUCGAAAAUAAGUUCGCCCAAUUAAAUCGAGGACCCUUGCAGGAACUGUCCUUUCACUUUGUCAUUGUUAAACUAAAUGCCUGUAAAACCCCAUAGCGGUCAUUUAUAAUCAUGUGAUUGCCCUAAUUUUUAUCGCGAUUUUUAUGUUUGCUAAGUAUACAGUUACUCAUACUAAAACGGUUACUUACGGAUAAUACAUGCAGGCAGAGAUAAAAAAAAUCAUACCUAAUACAGGGUAGAAAAGCAUUUCCGAGAACACAAGCCUGCCAUUUUGUCUCAACAAAAUCAAUGAAACGAGCCUGACUGUAUUGCAAGUUGGACAACUUUUCACACAACUUUCUUUUUUGAGGGCAGGGGGAGGGGUAAGCACAGUGCCAACAACUAUGGCGUAAGCUGCUCUCACGUCAGCUAAGCUCACGUAACUGCUUGGCUUACAAUGUUUUUAUAAAUAUAUUGCUAUUUAUUGCCAUAGCUGAGCUCCAUUCGCACGCUUUCAAGAUGUCAAGAAAACCACAAUUUGGUUGGAAUAAGCUGGAACUGUCCUAGUCGUCGUAGUGCUAUGGUGUUCCCUCAAUGCUGCAGUGGCAAGCGUAUUGGGUCUGUGUAUGUUUAACCUCCAGUCCCUGAGAGACCAUUCCCUGUGGGUAUUAGGUCCAGGUACAGAAGUAAUAAAGGAAUAAAGCUUGUUUGGCAAAAAA